ACUGGCAGCCGACUAGACGCCCGACGCGGUGGACUUCUGAGGUGCUGGGGUUGUUCGAGGAUGGAGGAGCCGCCGAAGGUAGAAAAGUUUAGGACUGCCGACAGGGGAAACGGGCUGCGUGCCUUGGCGCCGCUGCGCCCUGGAGAGCUGCUCUUCCGCUCGGAUCCCUUGGCGUACACGGUGUGCAAGGGGAGUCGUGGCGUCGUCUGUGACCGAUGCUUACUGGGGAAGGAAACGCUUCUGCGAUGCUCUCAAUGCCGUGUUGCCAAAUACUGUAGUGCCAAGUGUCAGAAGAAAGCUUGGCCGGACCACAAGCGGGAAUGCAAAUGCCUAAAAAGCUGCAAACCCAGAUAUCCUCCAGACUCUGUACGACUUCUUGGCAGAGUAGUCGUCAGACUUAUGGAAGAAACACCCUCUGAAUCUGAGAAACUUUAUUCAUUUUAUGAUCUGGAGUCAAAUAUUAACAAACUCACUGAAGAUAAGAAAGAGGGCCUCAGGCAACUUGCAGUGACAUUUCAGCAUUUCAUGAGAGAAGAAAUGCAGGAUGCUUCUCAGCUGCCACCUUCCUUUGACGUUUUUGAAGCCUUUGCAAAAGUGAUCUGCAACUCGUUUACCAUCUGUAAUGCAGAGAUGCAGGAAGUUGGUGUUGGCCUAUAUCCCAGUAUGUCUUUGCUCAACCACAGCUGCGACCCCAACUGUUCCAUUGUAUUCAACGGACCCCACCUCUUACUGCGUUCUGUCAGAGACAUCGAGGUGGGAGAGGAGCUCACCAUCUGCUACCUGGAUAUGCUGAUGACCAGUGAAGAGCGCCGGAAGCUGCUGAGGGACCAGUACUGCUUCGAGUGUGACUGUUUCCGAUGCCAAACCCGGGACAAAGAUGCGGAUAUGCUUACUGGUGAUGAGCAAGUAUGGAAGGAAGUUCAAGAAUCCCUGAAAAAAAUUGAAGAACUGAAGGCACAUUGGAAGUGGGAACAGGUUCUGGCUAUGUGCCAGGCGAUCAUAAGCAGCAACUCUGAACGGCUUCCCGACAUCAACAUCUACCAGCUGAAGGUGCUUGACUGUGCCAUGGAUGCCUGCAUCAGCCUCGGUCUGCUGGAGGAGGCGUUGUUCUAUGGGAUGCGAACCAUGGAGCCAUACAGGAUAUUUUUCCCAGGAAACCAUCCCGUCAGAGGUGUGCAGGUAAUGAAAGUUGGCAAACUGCAGUUACAUCAAGGCAUGUUUCCUCAAGCAAUGAAGAAUCUGAGACUGGCUUUUGAUAUUAUGAGAGUGACACAUGGCAGAGAGCACAGCCUGAUUGAAGAUUUGAUUCUGCUCUUAGAAGAAUGUGACGCCAACAUAAGAGCAUCCUAAGGGAACCAAUCAGAGAGAAAGACAGCUUAUCCCUUGCACUGAAUGCCUUAUUGAGGUCACACAUUUUAUACUUUGUUCGCUGUGUGAACUCCCCUAUUGGAAAUGCUAUUCUGUGUUUAUGGGAGUAUCUUGUGGUUUGCAAACCACAAGAAUCAUUUAUUGUAGAAAAGCACAAUUACAAUAAAUACAAAAAAUU